CUUGCCUUCGCCCAGUUACUUCCGCCUGUCAGUCUGUGGGUCGGACGGAGUCGGACGUAGAGGGUGGCAGAGGGCAGCGCCGCAGCCAUGAAGAGGAACGAGCCGGGGGGCGGUUCGGGCCGCCUGACUUCAGGUGUGGGGAGCUGAGUCUGAUGAGUGCCGGAGGGCUGUGGCCCGAGCUUCCUCCGACCUUCGGGUUCCAGGACCCCCAGUGUUCCGAGUGCCCGGUCCUGGCGGCUCCUCCCCAGCGAGGCCCGACGUUGUGGGCGAUCCGUGACCUCGCUUAAUAGCCAAGCCAGCAUCGAUUAGGCACCCGCUGCCCCGUGGCCGUCCCGGGGUUUGCCUGGCUUCUGAAGAGGAAUGAAGGCCGGCCCCAAAACCCCUGGGGCCCGUGUCGGUCUGCCCCGCGGAAUCCUCCCCUUUGCCUGCCCCUUGUCCAAGGAGGCUACAGAGGGGCCCCGGGGAGAGUGGGGGGUGGGAGCCCCUGCCCCCCCAACCUCCUCUUCCCCGCCAUUGGCUCGAGUCCCAGGUGACCAAGCCAGAAUCUCCAGCCACCAGGCCUUUGCCCCUCCAUCCCCACCUUGGGGACGUUUGUGGAGGAGCCCAUGGGAGGGGAGAGGCCCUAGCUCUCUGGUCUCUUUCAGGAUCCUUUGGGUGGGCCUAGCUUUGGGAUUCUCUUGGGGAGCUCAUGAGCUCAGAGUUGGGGCCCCACAACCACCGGACAAUCCUCAGCUCCACUGAUCCAGCCCUCUGCCACUGGAUGGCCCAUAGACAUCUUCAUUCCCAGCCCUCCCCCUAACUGCUUUUCCCCUGACUGUGGAGGCCACCCCCCACUCCCCAGGCCUCCAGACCUGAAACUUAGGGGUUCUCUGACUUCCUCAGCUCUCAGCCCUGUAUCUGAUGUGGGGCCUCGUUACCUCCACCUGGACAAUGGCUGUGGCUGCUGGCGGGUGGGGGGUCCUGCCUGCCCCAAGGCUCUCCCCCCUCCAAUCUAGCCCCCAAAUUCAAGGGGGGGGGUUCCUAAAGCUCAGGCCUGGGUACAUCGCCCUGCCCCCUCUAAACUCCAGGGCUCCCUGCUGCCUUCAGGAUCACACAGGAAAUCCUGUUUGGGUUGGAAGCCUUCCCAGCCGAGCACCCCCCCAUUUUCCAGCCUCCCAGCCGCUGUCCAGUGACAAUGGCCUCCCGGCUGUCUCUUACCCAAGCCGCUCUGGGCCUCCUGCAGGCCUCCUCCUCAUCUCUGCCUCCAGGCUUCCCCACUCCCUCUAGCAGAAGCUUAUCCUGGGCUCCCUUGGCCUGGCCUCUGGAAGCAGGCUUUGUGUUUGCUUUCCUCUCCCUCCCCAGCAUUGGCCCAGGGCCUGGCGCGUAGUAGGUUCCUCUCAGAGCACCAGAAAGGAAAACGGGCGCUUCGCUGACGGACGUCCUGUUCACUGGUCACUGUAGGCUCUUUGCCCGUCCCUCUGUUCAAUCAGAAGAAAAGAGUCCGGCAGCCCUUCACGUCCAGCCCGGGAGCUGCAGCGGAGACUCAGGAUUUCCCCCCACUGCCAGCAGACGCCGAGAUCCUCGCUUCUUUCUUACCGUUCCAGUUCCGGAUCAGGAGUCUGUCCGAGCCGUCUUGCUUCCGGGGGUACCCCGGCACUUUGCCCUGUUGGCCCUAAUCAGACAUUUCCUUCAGGUCUGGGAGCUAGCCUUCUUUCUCCCCUCUGCCCCGGGAACCCCGGGACGUUUACACCGUGGUCAGGAGAGCGAGGGCUCGUUUUUUCUCUGAAUUUCGGUACUGCUUAAGCCAGGGCUUAUCGUGCCAGUAGUUUAGCACCCAGAGCUGUAGGUGACCUUAGAGAUGCUCUAAGCUUCUCACGGUGAGGCAGCCGAGGCCCAGGAGAGGUAGCUGACCCCCCUGAGGAGAAACACGGGCAUUAACCGGGCCAAGAUUCAAACCCAAGGCCGCUGGGCCGCGCCAGUAUAUUGAGAGCUUGAAGCAGCAGGCAACGGCAAGAGUGAGCCCAGCAUGGUGCAAACUUGGGUACCCGGAGCGCUCUAGAGAGUGUUGUCUCAUUGGCUCUCCUUCCCCAUUAGACUGUGAAGUGGCCUGGGCCAGCUUGAUGCCUCAGGGGUCCCCUCAGGCUUUGUCCAGGGGGCUCAGUUAGGGGUGUCGGGGAACCUGAGCAAAGGCCUCAAGAGAGAGCUGGGAGGGGAGGCGAGAGACAACCCAGCCGGGGUUCUGGCAGCACUUUCAUCCCAGUGGUGAAAUUGGAAGCCAGCUUGUCCGGGGCCGAGCGGCAGGCAGGCACGCCGAGGCCGGGAAGGCGAAGGUCUCUGGGAGACAGCGGGAGGAGGCGCUCAGGUGGAAUCCAAAGACCUGGGCGACAGUGAAGGAUGGCAGGCUGGCGUGCCGAGGCGAGGCGAGGCGAGGCAAGGAGGCGGGACGAUGGUCGGCGGUCGUGGAGUACUCGUGAGAGGGGGGCAACCAGGCUGGCGCGUGCCAGCAGUGGCGCGGCCAGGCCGUUUGGGUGGCCCCGCGGCACUUUCUGGGCAUCCUCUCCCCUCCGGCCUGUGCUGGCAUGAGGGGGUUUCCUUUAGAAGCCCUGCUGGGGCCAGGAGAGCCAGGCCGUCCUGCUGCUAGCGAUGCCUUGCCACCUGCCCAGCUCACGGCCUUCUGCAGUUGGGCAGCUCUUUGUUGGGGUUGCUCACGCCACAGGGGUGGAGUCUGCCCCGACCGUAGGCUGCUGCCAGGCCUCUCCAGGGCUCUCCUUAUGGCCGGCCCAGCAUUCUGUUUCUUUGGCGCCUGGCAGUCUGCCAAUCCCAGCCAAGGGGUCAAUGCAAGAAUACGCUGCCAUUAGGAAAUAGGCUGGCGCUUCCCAGAGAAGCCUGGAGCUGUUGUGCCCAGGCCAGCCCCUUCCUGCUCCCAGCUCUGGCCUGUCUGUUCCUCCUGGUAAGAGAGCGGCACCCGGGCAGCUCCGCAGUCUCCACGACCUGUACUCCAUGCACCCACGUCCCUGGGGACAGUCUGCAGAAUUCCGGCCCAUUCGCCGCUGGCGCCUCUCCUCUCGGACUCCAUGGCAGGCAUCCUUUGUGCCCGGGGCCGGCAGACAGCCCCCACUGAAGCCUCCCCACAACGUCCUCUUUCUUGCUCGGUCCCUCCCUGACGGAGGCAACUGGCCUUGGACUAGGAAGCAAAAGAGGCAAGAGUUGGGGGGCUCCACUAAGGGGGGACCGGAGGGCCCCACAGGGGCUCCUUCCUCUUCAGGGAGGGCCCCGGCGAGUGAGAAAAUGUGCUUCCAUUCUGGGAACUGAGAAACAAAACUCGGUCAUGUCAUUUGAACCUUGAAUUCGUGCGGCUGGGGAGCUGGACCACCUCCACCUGCUGCUCGGAGACCCUCAUCCAGGGGCCUCGUGAUGCUGAGCAGGAGUCCAGGCCAGCCCACAGAUGGGCGAGGGGUUUUCUCACAGUGCUGCGCCUCAAGGAGCCUCGUACUGGUCAGGUGGACGCUGUUUCCAUGGUGCUUUGGUCAUCCACAGACCCUUGGAGGAGGGGAGGAACCUCCCUUUCAGAUUUCGGGGACUUGCAGCUGUUCACUGUCACCCCCCCCCCCAUUUGAAAAAUCCUUGUUCUUACAAAUCAGGUGACCCAAUGUCGUAUCCUGGGCGUCAUUGAUUGCAUCUUUUAUUAAAUAACCCCCGACCUUCCGUCUUGGAAUCACUGCUGUGUAUUAGUUCCAAGGCAGAAGAGCGGUGAGGGCGAGGCCAUGGGGGUCAAGGGACUUGCCCAGGGUCACACAGCUGGGAAGUGUCUGAGGCCUCCCUUCUCUGGGUCUGGCUCUCCAUCCACUGAGCCACCCAGCUGCUCCUGAUUGUUUUUAAUACAGGACUUUGGGGUCUUUGGGUUGCUGGGGAGUCCAUCGAGCCCCUAACUUUGCCUUUUUUGCUAACAUGUUGUUGUCUAGGUUGGACUAUUUCUUGCUCAGUUUUUCUUCACCGUCAGCCACUUCUCCUCUUUCAUAAGAUCAAGGAAGCCCCUCCGGGAGCCCGAGGCUUCGCUUUCUCCUGGGCUCCCCAAGACUAGGCUUUGGGUUUUAAGGGGACACCGUCUCCCGUCCAUGCUGCCCUCUGUCUCUGUCUGCCUUCAGAUUUCGUCUGGGAGAUGACAAAGCCCGAGGUGCCCCCCUGGAAGAAAAUGCUGAAUGCCAGGCAACAGCUGCCCGCUGAGCAUCACCUAAAGCAAGGGGAGGGGCAUCAGGCAAACCCACGAGACGUGGCCAGAGGGCGUCCCUGGAGUAGCUGGAGUUUCCAGGAAGACGGUCCCGAGGCCUGGGACGCCGGUCCGAGUCCGGGUCCCAGGAGUUGGGAGAUGAACCCGAAGCGGAGGCAGCCCGGCAUGGCCGCAGCGGGCGGAGCCCCGGGCCCAUCCCGAGGGGCAGGUGCCCAAGGGCCAGGGGGCAGCAGCGGCUCACCGCGGACCCCCUGUCAAAACCAGCUCAAGACAAAGGCGCUUGGCGGCCGCGACGCACAGGGAAAAGUGACCCGGGAAGGGCCGGCGAAGUGCCCGGCAAAGCUCCAGGAUGGCCCGUCCCUUAGAAUCGUCCCCGCAGGGAUCGAAAGCAUGAAGCGCUGGAGGGAGCUCGCCGCCCGCUGCCCGCUGCUCUUUGAAGUGCUAGCCGUCCUGGACUCCGCCGUGACGCCGGGGGCGCAGGGGGCCAAGAGCUUCCUGCUGAGGGACGGAAGGAGCGCCGUGCCCUGCGUGUUCUACGAAACCGACCGAGAACUGCCCAGACUCAUUCGAGGGAGGGUGCACAGGUGUGUGGGGACCUACGACCCGGACAGGAAGCUCUUCAGGUGUGUGUCUGUCCGGCCCGCGACCGUGUCUGAGCAGAAAACGUUCCAGGAGCUCGUCAGGACCGCGGAUGCCGCCAUGUCCCGCUGCAGCCAGCUGACCGGUGCAGUGUGAGGCCGGCGGGGCCCGUCGUCCCCAUGUUGGACGGACAAGGCGUGUUUCUGUCGCUUCUCCGCAGAGUUGGGGCGGGGCCGGGCCACGCUGUCCACGUCUUUCAUCCGAUGCCAAUAAAGCGAGUUCAACUUUG